CAAGAGGAUAAACAAAAAAGGAAGGAAGCCUUCGGCCAUACAAUCGCGGCAAAAUCGGUUCAAAAAUUUAGCUCCUGAGCUACAGUUAGCCACUACAUGCGCCCUUUUGUUGUCUAAACAGGCAGCAUUUGGUGUUCGCAGUCAUGGACGAUGCAAUAAUAUUUCGCAUGAGUGCGUUUUCCGAGCAAGGAGGGAGGAAAUACAUGGAGGAUGUUGUCGAGAUAAGAAUCGAGUAUGAGCCGACGUCGUCGCGGAGUGAAGACUACACUAAGUCGCAGAGAGGACAGGACAACGCGGAGAGCGAUUCCUCCAAACAGACUGAAAGCGCGCUACGUGGGGGUAUUGUGGCCGCCGAGCCUGGCCCUGUUUCGGCUAUGUGGGUCGAGAGCCUAGCGAGCGAGGACGCCGGUGACCACAGCGCGCCGCUAUCAGACGGAAAAGUCGAGGAGGAGCGCGUCGUCGACACUCGGCGUUCCGUGGCGUUUUUCGCCGUGUUUGACGGUCACGGCGGCCGGGAAGCUGCCCACUUCGCCAGGGAACAUUUGUGGGAUUUGCUAAAGAGACAGAGGGGCUUUUGGUCCAAGGAUCACGCUGAAGUCUGUGCUGCUCUUCGGAAAGGAUUCAUCGCCUGUCACCAUGCAAUGUGGAAACAACUACCGGAGUGGCCUAAAACCAUCACAGGCCUGCCCAGUACGUCAGGCACUACAGCGAGUGUGAUUGUGAUCCGUGGUGUGCACAUGUAUGUUGCUCACGUGGGAGAUUCAGCCGUGGUGGUCGGAGUGAAAGAAAAUGAAUCGGAUAUCACGCUUCAGGCGCUUGAAGUCACACAAGACCACAAACCCGAACUUCCGAAAGAGAAGGAAAGGAUCGAGCGACUGGGCGGCAGUGUGAUGAAGAAAUCUGGGGUGAACCGUGUGGUGUGGAAAAGACCUCGACUGACCCACAAUGGACCCGUGAGGCGGAGUACAGUUAUCGACCAGAUCCCCUUCCUGGCGGUGGCGCGAUCUCUUGGCGAUUUGUGGAGCUACGAUUUCUACAGUGGGGAGUUUGUGGUAUCGCCAGAGCCUGAUACCACCGUGAUGACACUCGACCCCAAACGACAUCGCUACAUCAUCCUUGGCAGUGACGGUCUAUGGAACAUGAUGCCUCCCAAGAAUGCGGUCAACAUGUGUUAUAACCAUGACAAAAUGGUGGGACCAAAGGGGAUGUCUUGUGCCUGCCGGUUGGGAUGCACGGCACUGCUUUUUUGGAAAGAGCGCAUGCUUCGCGCGGACAACACGACGGUCAUUGUCCUGGCACUGCAGGAGCGUGGGGGUCCCACCAUCCCCAUGCAUCGAGAUGAGAUUAUGGUGGACAUGGCUCAGGGAAUCGACCACAUUCCCUUCCCGGGAACCCAGUAUAACAUAUAUGAGGUUCCUAAGGUGGAACGUGAGGAUGGCUUGUUUAAUGAAGAAGAUGAGAUAUAUGGAGAAGAACAUGAAGGAUGGACAUGCCUGGAGUGGUAGCCAGAGCAAAGCUGGGAAUGCCUCCUCUCCGCUUCCAUAAAGCUCUACCGCUCUGGAGCAGGCAUUCAGGCUGGAUGAGACACAGCUUUCUGGCCCACCAUGCAGUUCUUUCCCAAUGUUGACUCUACAGGGGCCAACAGACCCCCCCCACUCCUUAUACGGACCACUGAAUGUGUUCCAAAAGCACGACUCAACAAUCCAAGUGGACCUGACUGCUGUGGCGUGGUCUCCUCUGGUAAAAAGGUGAUGCCGCAGAGACGACCAAGGUGGAUGGUUCCCCCGACAGAUGUGUCACCUUGAGACGUCUCCUCAGAGGACAACAGGCUUUGUUGUGCGUGUGCUGCGUGGGGGUGCACUCUUCCUACAUGUACGGACUUUAUUUCUAGCUGUUUUUGUAAAUAUGUGGCGAACUUUGAGAUUUUAAAUGUGCUUUGCUUUUAUAUUUUUCUCAUAUUACUAGACUCCCUACCCCCGUCCUUAAAUUCUAGUGUAGAUUUGUUCAGCGUACGCAGUCUAUUUUCAUACUUCUACAUGAAUAUAAUGACAAUAGUAUAUCCAAAACUAUUUUGACAGGCAACUGUGUUACGAGUUCCUUUGGAAUUUUCUGUACGGCUUUAGAUUGAAUUUCUUAAUGAAAUGAACGCCUAUUUUACAUGCUUUGGAUUUUAUGAUCUGUAAAAUGACUGUUGUCCAUGAUAGCUUGUUAGAAAAGACGCCCAUGUUCCCAAUCUCAUGAGAAUCUUAUCCAAAAGUCUUACACCUUUCAAUCAGGCUGCAACUAACUAACAUUCUCUUAGUGGGUUCAUCUGAAGCUGCUUGUUUGAACUUAGAGUAAGCGGUUGGGCUCUAGACCAGGGGUGUCCAAACGUUUUCCAGCGAGGGCCGCAUCGUGACAAGAUGAAAGAAUGCAAGGGCCACUUUCAUCGUUUUAUUUCCUAGAUAUGCUACCUACAGUAUUUCUAUUUAUAUUGCAAGAGAAAACUGCAUCUCAGCUUUGUGUGAAGAAGCUUUUUAUUAGUAUCAAUUUGACUCUUUGCUUUUUUCCCCAUUUUUGCUGUUGGUUUUUUUCCCCCAAAAUAUUUCAACUUCCUUCCUAAAUAAUCUUCGUAAAUUUUCUUCAGUCCCAUAUUUUCCCUUUAUUCCGAGAACUUUUCCACAAAUUCCAACUUGAUUUUUUUAAAAGUUUUUUUCUUUAAUAUUGCGACUCUAUUCUACCAGAAUGAGGUAGUUUCUCGUCAUAUUAAGUUUAUUCUCAUAAAAUUGAGACUUUUUUUCUCCUUAGAAUAUGCCUUUUUUUGUAAUAUUCUGGCUCGGGCCUUAUAAAAUUCCAGCAUUUUUUUCCCCAUUUCUGCUGCUGUUUUCUUUUUUAUUUAAACUUUCUUCAUGUAAAUUUUCUCCUCCUAAUUCUGAUAUUAUUUCCAUAAUAUUUUGACUUUAUUCUCAUAACGUUAGAGCUUUUUCCACAACAUAAUUUCCCACAAAUUAUGUAUUUAUUUUUGUUUGUUUCUCAUAAUAGCAGGACUUAAAAUAACAUACUUUUUCUUUAACAUUUCAACUCUAUGCUACUACAAAGACAUUAUUUUUCCUCAUACUAUUACGGCGUUAUUCUCAUAAAAUUCUGACUUUUUUUCUCUUAAUAUUUGGACUCUUUGCUGCUGCCCCUGGGCCACACAUUGGGCACCCCUGCCGUAGACGAGCCAAAUCAAUAUGAAUGAAACACACGUUCAAAUUUGAAAGGCUGAAAUCAGAGCACUUUUACAUUUUAGAGAAAAAAACAUGCAUUAUACUGUAUAUACAAACUUGUGGAUUAAUUGGAUAAUGGAUUAAUUGUUGCAGCUCUAAUUUGAAUCAUUUGACUGCCGCAUCGUACUCCACAAGAAUGACCAUCCAGUGCCACAAAACACUUCAUCUUUUCAUUGUGAUUAAGGAUAUGGAGAUGCAUUAGGCUACACUCAUUCUGCAGAGUCUACAAGAUGAAUGUCAAAAUUCCUUACAAACCUAAACACAACAGCUACCGUGUCUUCUCCUAUACGUACCAGUCGUCGAGUAUUUCUUCCCAACAAAGGAGCAGACAUCAAAGAUUGCACAAUCACAAUUCAUGCUUAUCAAAGCACAACUGGAAUUCCUCGAAAAUUAUCAUGAAGACUUAUGUCUUCAUGAUAAGCUACUUCAACUAUCAACUGUAUGCUCGUUCUUUUCAAUGGCCUCCUUUCUGCUGUUCGUUUGUGUAAGACUUUUCAAAUAACAAGUGUUGGUACUCAGUUGGUAUGAGUGUCCGAUCCUUGUGUCCGUUAUGGCUUGUUGAUGUGGCAGCUGUAUUACUGUUGUUGAUUUGGUUGCCUUUCUGUUACAUGAAUUGUUGCCUUAGCACAAACACGUUGGUGCUUUUUCAUAGGAAGGACCCAAAUAUUUAAACAUGUCCCCAAUAUGUCCACCUCUAUUUAUCGUGCACCUUCACUUCUAGCCACACUGACCUCCUGUCCCAUGUGGUCUCCCUACUACAGUUGCAUUUUUGUUGAUUUUGUACAGUAUAUCAUAUGCAAUAGACGUUUGUACAGUACAUUAUUAUGCAAAGUACGUCUGGCAUGCUCAGAUCUACUCUGUGUUGUGAAGUGUCCAGAGCUAAUGGAUGUUAAUGGGCAUGUGCUGUAACACUUUGGUUUCCCCUCUCAGCCACUUCUCAGGACCAACUGUAUAAGAAACAUGCUUCGAAAGUGACUGGAUAUACACUGUCUGUGUUGUAAUAAACUUGCCGUUUUGCAAUUGGUGCUGU